AUGAAAAACUGUGGUUUUACCUAUGCUGUUCUAAUGGUGUAUGCCUACCCUAUUUGGUCAUGCAGUUCUGUUUCUGAAAACCCUAACUGUUACCCCUUUGCAGGGUCGCGUUCUGGAGCUGGGAUCAGGGACUUAGCGUUUUUUUCCCCAUUGUUCAUCUCAACCAUCAACUUCACUUUCUGCUUUGUUGGUAUCGCCAUGAACUUUCAUUAUCAUCACUCAGAAAUUGAAUCACAGUCAUCCUCUCCAACAAUUUCCUCACCUUCUAUGUCAGAUCCUGGCUCGCCAACUGAAUUAUAUGGACCUGCUCUUCGUACAUUUUUCAGCAAUUCGGUUGCAAAGGGCCGAGAGUCGGUUUCCUCAGCUCAAGCAACUCUAUCUAAUCCACCAUCGUUUCUCUGGCAAAUGACAUCAGAGCAACUGGUACAGUUUGGUCAGACAAACCCUGAGCAGUUCCAGACGAUCCAAUCUCACAUCUUUCCACAGAAUGCCACCUUCGAGUAUCCAACAAACAUUCUCCUGCAUAUACCGCUAGACAUCCAGAAGCUUAUUCUGGAUAACUUGGCCAUUCCAGCCUUGCUCAGGCUAUCAAAAUGCUGCCGUUAUCUAUCACAUGCAGUUAAUGCAUAUAUCAUGACACAAAUUGAGGGCAUUCUAACCUCAUUUUCAAUUGAUCCACACAAGCUUCUGGAAGGCAUGGAGACCUGUGGUGCAUUUGUUGGGGGGUCUGUUGCCCUUCUUGCAGUGCUGGCAAAUGUCGACAGUUUUGCCCCAAAUGAUCUAGAUAUAUACGUACCAGAAGCUCAUGCUGAAACCUUGGCCAAGCGCAUUUUAUCCAGGUUCAAAUCUGUUGGCGGUCACUCACCAAUCUAUGAUUUGAAUCCUGCUAUCACUCACAUUGAAUGGCACACUUCCAAUUUCCAUCCCCUCAUUCAUGUCAACAUUAUCGCCACCAAAUCCGUGUCACCCUUGGAGGCCCUAUUCCAUUCCGGUGCAUCCAUUACCAUGAACGCUAUAACUGGGUGA